GUUGAAUAAUAUAAUGUCAAGCAGCUCACAAGUUAUAACUUGCAAAGGAGCAAUAUGUUGGGGAAAAGGAGAGGGAGUGAAAGUGGAAGAGAUACAAGUAGACCCUCCGAAAGCUUCUGAAGUCCGAGUUAAAAUGCUUUAUGCCAGUUUGUGCCACACAGACAUCUUGAGAAGUCGAGGAUGGCCAUAUCCAGUUUUCCCUCAAGCACUGGGGCAUGAAGGCGUAGGGGUUGUGGAGAGCAUAGGGGAGAAAGUGACAGAUCUCAAAGUUGGAGAUAUAGUGAUUCCAAUAUAUGUUGGAGAGUGUGGAGAAUGUGAGGUCUGUGUUUCAGGGAAAUCAAACUUAUGCGUGAGAUAUCCUCUAAGAGUGAGUGGCCUUAUGCCUGAUGAUACAUCAAGGAUUUCCAUAAGAGGACAGAAAGUGUACCAUGUGUUUAGCUGCUCAACAUGGUGUGAGUAUAUGGUCAGUGAUGAGAGCUACCUUAUGAAAGUUGAUCCAAGUAUUGAUUUGGCUCAUGCUAGCUUCAUCUCUUGUGGAUUCUCUACUGGUUUUGGGGCUGCUUGGCAGACAGCCCAAGUUCAAAGUGGAUCAUCUGUGGUUGUUUUCGGCCUUGGAGCUGUUGGGUUAGGGGCGAUAAGUGGAGCCAAGAUGAUGGGAGCAACUAAGAUAAUAGGUGUUGACAUCAAUGAGAAGAAGAGAGAAAAGGGGAAAGCUUUUGGAAUGACAGAUUUUAUAAAUCCUAAGGAUCACUCUGAUAAGCCUUCUUCUCAGUUGGUGAAGGAUCUUACUGGCGGAUUAGGUGUGGAUUAUGCCAUUGAGUGCACUGGUGUUGCCCCUCUGCUCACUCAAGCCCUGGAAUCCACAAAAGUGGGGGGAGGAAAGGCAAUAGUAAUCGGUGCAGGAAGCGAGGAAUUUGUGCAGGUGAACUGGUUAGGUCUUCUUCUUGGAAGAACUUUAAAGGGUUCUGUUUUUGGAGGCUUAAAACCAAAAUCGGACCUUCCUGUUUUAGCUGCCAAGUGCCUAAACAAGGAUAUCUCUCUUGAUGAACUUCAGACCCAUGAAAUCCCUUUAACAGAGAUAAGCAAAGCAUUUGAGAUAUCGAAACAGCCAGAAUGUGUCAAAGUUAUCAUCAAGAUAUGAUGUCUAUUAUGGUUCAUAAUAUCAAGGAAUAACACCAGUUUGCAUGGUGGGGUGAUUUUAUUGGAGUACUUGUUAAUGACAUUGAAUUUAUAGUGAUUGAUGUUAAUUUGAAGAAGAUGGUGGAAAUAUUUGAUUUCUAUGUUAAAAAUUAAUGAUUAAUGAUGACAAUGAAC